CUCUUGGUAUUUCCUUGUUUUCUAGCACUUUUCACGAUGGGAGGGAAUUCUGAUGGCCAGCCGUGCAAGUUCCCUUUCAAAUUUCAAAGUAAAACCUAUGAUGGCUGUACCACCGAAGGAAGGCAAGAUGGAUACAGGUGGUGUGGAACCACCGAAGACUAUGACCGAGAUAAGAAAUUUGGAUUUUGCCCAGAGACAGCAAUGUCAACAGUUGGUGGGAAUUCUGAAGGGGCUCCUUGCGUUUUUCCGUUCACAUUCCUUGGGAAUAAAUAUGAUGCCUGUACCAGCUCAGGACGCCAAGAUGGAAAGAUGUGGUGUUCCACAACAAGCAGCUAUGAUGAAGAUCGCAAGUGGGGAUUUUGUCCGGACCAAGGCUACAGCCUUUUCUUGGUUGCCGCUCAUGAAUUUGGCCAUGCCAUGGGACUAGAACACUCUGAAGAUCCUGGUGCACUCAUGGCCCCCAUUUAUACCUAUACCAAGCAUUUCCGGCUUUCACAGGAUGACAUUAAAGGAAUUCAAGAACUUUAUG